AACUACACUACCAAAAAGAAAAAGAAAAAAGACGCCUACCCAUCUACCUACUCAUUCAUUCACCCAUACAUACCUUCCUCCAUCCUCAGCUCAAUAAAUAAAAACAAGACUAAAAUUACCAAUAAACCAAUAAAAGAAGAAUGGUGUCAACAGACGAAAUCAAUCUUCACAGACUGCUCAUCAGUUGCGAGAAAAAGAUUAAGCAAGAAAAUGUUGAUCUUUGGACAGGAUCCGAAAAGAUAAAGUUUGCUACGUAUGUAAAGUAUCUCCAAACUCUCAUUGCACGUUCUGGUCUUGCUCAAAGUCGAAGAUAUAAUGAGCGAAUUAAUUCCCUAGCAGAAGCAGUGUCAUUGCACACGAUGCAAGUGGAUGUAGAAAAGGGUAUUGCAGAAGCCAGAGCUACCAAAAAAGUUUUGCUUGAUAGCCUGCAGUCCCAAGAAGCACCUGAGCCUGAUUGGUUCUUGAAUCUCAAGGAAGAGAUGGCUAGAGAAAAAGAACAAGAUGAAAAGGCAGCAAGACUAGAAGACGAAGCGGAAGAGGAGGAAAUGAUGGAAGAUAUGCUGAGUGAAAAAGUACCCACUCCUCAAGUUCCAAUUGAAAAGCCAGAUAUUAGACAACGACAUGGACCUAAUAUUACUCGCGAAGAAGAGACCUCCAAUAUUGAGCAUGUUCUCCAGCACCAUCGCCAAAUGCACGAUGAGCUCACAACCGAUCUCGGACGAAUGGCAAAGCAGCUGAAGAUGAACACCGUGAGAUUUGGUGAUACAUUAGCCAAGGAUGAUAUGGUACUUCGAGAUGCUCAGGAAGCAGUAGAGACCAACUUGGAGCGCAUGCAGAGAGAAGGCAAGCGUCUAGAGAUCCACAAUUCAAAAUCGUGGGGAACCAGUUUCAUGACUAUGGGAAUUGUGUUAUUUGUUUGUAUUGCGUUUAUUCUGGUCUUUUUGACAAUUAAACUUCUUCCCAAGGCAAAAUAAAAACAGAAAUAAAAACAAAAAUAAAGUAAAAUCUUAAUAAUAAU